AUGUCCACUGCUGAUGCCAUUGAUUUGGCCCGAAGAGCUGUAUUUCUUGCAACCUACUAUGAUAAGCAUUGUGGUGGAGAAUUGAGAGUUUAUCACAUUACUGAGGAAGAUGGAUGGGAGGAGAGACCUCGCAUGAAUGCUUUGGAAGCUUGCAUAAAAUAUUACGACUUUAACAAACAUGAACAGAAAACACUGUUCUUGGUUAUGGAUGCUACGAUGGAACCUAUUUCUGCAAGAGACCUUGUACAACACUUCUGGUCACGACCAACCUUAUUAGCAGCCCACCUUGUAGCCCGUUGUGUAUUGGGAGAUGAUCGGUUCUACUUCCACCGCCUGGUGUUCGAGUCUAAACGGGAGGCAGUAAGGGCAUAUGACAAGACAAGUGCUCAUGGUCGAACUAGUCCCUCGUAUCUAGAAUGGUUUCCAAAUCAAGCGGUCUUGGACAAUAAGCCCAGUGUUACAGUUUAUGUGGAAUGGAGCUCAAAGGGUUUGCUGGAAUUCAUACACGAUAAAUGUCAAGGUGAGUAUGCUGGCAAUGCAGUACCUACAAUUUCAAGUGUUGUAGAAACGGUGUACGAGUAUCUGAAUGGUCUCCAUGACAAGGAAAAAGUAUGUGGAGCCAUCGUCGCUGGAUUCGAUGCUUCGGUGUGUGCCAUUGUUUUUGGCGGUGCCUAUGCGGAGUACGUUGCUGUUCCAGUAGGUCACCUUCUGAAAUUCACAACAAAGAUUACCGUCAAGCAAGCUGCUGCUAUUCCACAAGCUGCUUGCACCGUCUGGUCCGAAUUGUUCAUGAAGAAAAGGCUAGAUGAGGGGCUUGCAUUAGAGGAGGAAGAAGGGAGUCGGCUUUCUUCAGGCGAGACAGUUUUGAUUCAUGGAGGCUGCAGUGGAAUUGGCAUAUUUGCGAUUCAGAUGGCUAAGCACCAGGGAGCCAUUGUAUUUGCAACAGCAGGUACCGACGCAAAGAUAGCUGAAUGUAAACGUCUUGGAGCUGACCUAUGCAUCAACUAUAACAAAAAUGACUUUGUUGAAGUGAUAAGGGACAGCACUAAAGGCCAAGGCGUUGAUGUUAUCUUGGAUUGCGUUGGGUUUAAGUAUUUUCAGAGAAAUCUUGAAUGCCUGAAGGAAGGUGGGAGACUUGUUCAAAUUGGUGGCUGUUGGAUGACACAAUACGAUUCUUAUGGAAAAGUACAAAAGCUCUUUUCAAAUUUCAAAUGCAUUGAUGUGGCUGCCUUGGUAUACAGAACUCCAGAGAUGAAGACCUCCAUUGUUGAGGAGGUUCAGGGGAAAGUGAUGCCUGCAAUUGAGAAUGGCGACGUGAAACUUGUGAUUCACAAGGUUUUUACAUUCGAAGAAGCAGCUGAGGCACACAAACUCAAGAAAAGUGGCAAUCAUAUCGGAAAGAUAUUGCUUCAACCUUGAUGGACUAAGAACUCUUCAAAUAUUUUGUUAUCCAGCUGUUAGUUUAGUAGUAUUAACGAGGAUUCUUUAAAUACAGUCCUGUUGACUAGCUAUGU